CGAAUGAUAAUCGGUUUCACCUGCAAAGUCUGCGACCACCGCCAGCAUAAAUACAUGUCCAAAAAGGCAUACACCGAGGGCGUCGUUAUCAUCCGCUGCGAUGGGUGCGACAAGCUGCAUCUCAUGGCCGACCAUCUGGGUUGGUUCGACUCGCAGAACCCGCCAGGCACAAUCGAGGACAUUUUGGCCAGGAAAGGCCAGUCUGUCACAAAA